AUGCUCUCCACGACUCUUCUGUUUGCUCUCGACAACACAAUCGUCGCCAACAUCCAGCCAGCCAUCAUCAACGACUUUGGUCACCUCGAGCUUCUGUCAUGGAUCGGCACUGGCUUCGCCCUGGGUACCAUGUUCAUCCUGCUCUGGGGUAAGGUCUACGGAGUCUUCAACAUCAAGUGGGUCUACAUCUUCAAUAUCUUUCUGUUUGAGGCAGGCAGCGCGCUCUGCGGCGCUGCGCCUAAUAUCGAGGCCCUCAUCAUUGGUCGUGUCAUCGCCGGUGUCGGUGGCUCAGGCAUGUACUCGGGUACUCUAACCUAUGUCUCGGUCCUGUCCAACGAACAGGAGAAGCCUGCAUACCUUGCUGGAAGUACCGUCAUUUGGGGCGUCGGUAGCGUUCUCGGUCCUGUGGUUGGCGGUGCCUUUGCAGCGAGCAGUGCCUCCUGGAGAUGGGGAUUUUACAUUAACCUGCCUGUCGGCGCUGCAUUCGCUCCAGCCUACUUCCUUCUCUUUCCAAGUGUCGACCCUCACCCCUCCAAGAACCUCUCACAGAAAUUUCGUCUGGUCGACUGGGUCAACGCCAUUAUCUUUCUCGCCGGAUCUGUCUGUCUGGCAGUCGUACUCACAUUCGGUGGUGUCGUCUACGCUUUCAAUUCCGGAACCGUCAUCGCCCUGUGGACCGUAACAGGUGUCUUACUGGUGGCCUUCAUCGUCAUGCUCAAGUUGCACCCGUUGGUGACCAAACAGAAUCGUUUAUACCCACUGCACUUCUUUGAAAAGCCUACCUUGAUCAACAUGCAGCUUCAAGUCUUCUUGGCGUCUGGCAUUAUCUUGGCUAUGACAUACUAUAUCCCGCUCUACUUUCAGUUUGUCAAGGACGAUGGGGCUCUCCAGGCCGGUGUUCGUCUACUUCCGUUGAUCAUGUUCAUGGUCGUUGCAUCCAUGGCCAACGGCUUCUUGAUGCCGAGAUAUGGACUGAUUCCUGUCUGGUACAUUGGAGGAAGCUGUCUCGCGCUGAUUGGAGCCGCUCUCAUGUACACUGUAAACGAGACUACAUCGAAUUCAAAAAUCUACGGCUACAAUAUACUCGUCGGUACCGGCGCCGGUUGCUACAUCGUAGCCGGGUUCGCCAUCGUUCAAUCAUUGGUCCCGGCCCACGAAAUCGCCAAUGCCGUGGGAGCCAUGACGAUCUCACAAGAUCUCGGUAUGGUUCUCUUUUUAGCCAUCAGCGGCAGUCUCUUCCACAACGUGGCGGUAGACAAGGUCGGGAGGGCGCUCCCAGACGUUUCUCCUGCAGAGAUUGGUAACCUCAUCGCGGGGUCUAGCAGCAGAGCAUUCCAGGCGCUCACAGACGCAGAGAAGGCCCUUGUUAUUCCCGAAAUUGCAAGCGCCAUGACAAGUAUUUGGGCCUUUUUCUUGGCUGCUGCCGCUUUGAGUGUGGUGUGCUCCGUUCCGCUGCUCAAAGCUAAGUUCGGCGGUGGCAAAAAGGCAGAAGCGCUGGUAGCGGCGUAG